CAUAAGCGCGAUCACGGGAGACACCUGUGACCGCGGUGAGGUACCGUGCAAACGUGGAAGGGAUAACAUGGCUACCGCCUGGUGACGUUCCGCUCGGCCGUGCCGUCCUGGUUGUCAGAUGCUCCGGAAAACAUCUGGUGAACGUUCUCAGCGACGUGCUGCCGACUGCGAACCCGUCAACGGACCGACCGCGCGUCGAGGCUGACGUUUCGUAACGCCGUGAGUGCCGUCGCGCAGUGACAGCGCCAACAUGAUGAACAUGUGGAAAGUGCGGGAGCUGAUGGACAAGGCGACGAAUGUUGUGAUGAAUUACACGGAAACGGAGGCCAAAGUCCGGGAGGCGACCAAUGACGACGCGUGGGGUCCCACAGGGGCGAUGAUGCAAGAACUGGCUCAGGCCACAUUCACGUACGAGCAGUUUCCAGAGGUGAUGUCCAUGCUCUGGAAAAGGAUGUUGCAAGAGAACAAGCGAAAUUGGCGGCGAACGUACAAGUCAUUGCUCCUCCUUAAUUACUUAGUCCGUAAUGGCUCGGAGCGGGUCGUCACGUCGUCACGCGAGCACAUCUACGACCUCAGGUCUCUAGAGAAUUACACCUGCAUCGACGAAUUCGGGAAGGAUCAGGGGAUAAACAUUAGACACAAAGUUAGGGAAUUAAUCGACUUCAUCCAGGACGACGAUAAGCUUAGGGAGGAGAGGAAGAAGGCCAAGAAGAAUAAAGACAAGUACGUUGGCUUAUCGAGCGAGGCAAUGGGGAUGAGAUUUGGGGGCGGGGACAGAUGGAUGGACAGUCCCAAGUGGGCCAAGUCCGGCGUAGAGACGUACAAUGACUGGGACAAUCGCGGAAAGGGGUUUGAGGAUGCCAACAACAGCGACGACGGCGAGAGAGAAGACUCGGACAAUGAUACUAGCCCAAAGAAAAGUGGGAGAGAGUAUAGAGAUACGUUGGACAAUAUAAAUCAAGUUAACAAAACUGCUCAAUCGUCAGUACCUUCUACAAACGCGUCUCCGGCACGGACUACGAGAGCCAUCAAGAAAGUAGACCUCGGAGCGGCAGCGAAUUAUGGAAAAGAGCAAUCUAAUAAUAGCGCACCGGUGCAACAAAAUAAUAGUUUAUCCUCGCCGACGAGUCAGCAGAAGACCAAAAAUGACAUAUUAAACGACAUUUUCGAGUCGCAGAGUGAUAAUAGUAGAUUAGACGACGACGACUUCAAUCCGCGGGCGAGCGCCCAAUCGUUCGCUCAGCCGCAAAAUGCGAACGCGGACUUCGGCGAUUUUGCUAGCGCGUUUAACAAUCCCGCGACGGCCAAGACGAAAGAGAGCAACGACGAGUUUGCCGAUUUCACGUCCGCCUUUAACAACGUCGCCAUAUCCAAUCCACCAAGUCAGCCGCAGUCGCAGAUCAAUCUGAUGGGCGUACCGAUACCGACUGGGAAUAACCCGGCAGCAAAUAACGUGAAUAGCAGCAACGCGAUGUACGCCAAUACGAUGCAAACGGCGGGCACGACGGCGUUUACCGGGACCCCGGUUGUUCAAAAGACGUCGAACGAUCUGUUUGAUUCCUUAUCGUCGCAAGGUCUCAAUAAUCAAGUCACAAAUAAUAAUACAGUGACAUCGAAUACGGAUCUCUUGUCGGACCUGGAUGGUCUGAAUGCCCCCACUAUGAGGCUACCUGACGGGCGAAUAAACAGUUCUAAUAAUUCCAACAUUUUCUUGGGGAUGAGCAACGCACCUACCGGCACCGUCGAUUACGCAGCCUGUAAAUACGAAGAGAGCGUUACGUCGAUCGAGAGUCUCUCCAAUAAUGCCGCCAAUCAAUUAUUGGAAGUAUUGUGCGCAAUGUGCGACGUUAAAAGUCGCGCUGACUUGGAGAGAAUAAGAUCGUCCGUUUCGAACUACAUCAGAUUUUUACCAGGGCCCGUUACCCCGCAGAAGUACAGCGGUCUCGAUUGCGACGCGAGAGUGGACGCCGUGUUGUACGGACGCAUUUUGGAGGAGAUAAUCGAUAAAUUCGAUCGCAAUUGGCCGCUGAACGCGGACGGCCUGGAUCCCUCGAUCGAGAAGCUGAUCGUCGUCGACGGCGCAACGGUCUUCAUGUUGUCGGAAGCUCUGAGAGCUUUAACUGUCGCUUUAAGCGAGUCUAAGGAUGAGAGGAAAACGCACGUCAUUUCAGUGCUAUUGAACGGCCUGUUAAAGAGCGAGGCGAUAUUUUCGGGGAUACUGGACGCGAGUAGGGACGAAGUGCGUUCUCACAUGCAGGAGGAGGAACUCGAGCAGACCUGGCGAAGUGCGACGCAAAUUUUGAUCUCCCUGCCCAGUCGCGUGUCGAAUAAACUGCAGCUCGACACGCCUGGAUCUUACACGCCACAGGUUUACGUGAAAAGGCUCUGUUUUCACAUAUCUUGCGCGCUAUCGUUCAUGAAUGAGUUUUACAAACGUGGCGUUGAGCCGAGAACGUCCGCGCUCUCGUUUAUAGUCAGCAAGAUGAUAGUCAACUUGAAGCCGUGUGAUUUCACGUGCUUCGCCGAUAUCUUAGAAGCGUGGUGCCUCGAAAGCGCGAAGAACGAACGGCGUCUGGUCGAGGACGUGCUUCGCGGAUUGGAUUCGGCCGCCGUCGAGCACGUAGCCCUUCUGUUCCUGAAGCGCUGCGAUUCCGAGCUCGGUGUGCGUUCUAUUUUCGGAAAUUUGUUGACAGAGCCGAACUGGAGAUACAUUUUAACCACGAAAAUUCCCUUGAUGCGUUAUUACGAGGACGAGAAGCUAGCUGUGAACUUGGUCUCCUAUCUGUCGUCUGUCCCGAACGAGCACCAUGUUUUGUCGGAAUUGCUAAUCAAGCUCUUAGAAAUUUGGAGGGACGGGAGCAUUUUGCAUCAUGCGUCCGCGGAGCAGCACAAAUACAUCACGCGGCUGAUUGUUCUGUCCGUGAAGAGUUGUAAGGAUCUUUUGAGUCACGCCGAGAGAGACCAGUGCCAGAAACUGUUGUUCUCCGGCGUAUCUGUCCAUCUCGAGUCCACGAAUGUAGCUCUAAGAGCGAUGGGCAUGAUGGUCGCCGAGAUUUGCAUGAAUUCUCUAUGCAAUUCCGACGACGCGCCGAAAUUGAAGUUCGAGUACGACAGCAUGCCUGCGCAGGUGCUGGACUUGCUUCGAUCUCUGAAGGAUUUGAACGCGCCCGCGACGACUGCGAAUACGAGGGAACCACGCGAGCCGAGCGGCGACUUAACGACCGGAGGUAUCGUCUUCGAGUCACUGUGCAGCAGAAAGAUCUACGAAUUGGGCGUCGACUGCGGUAUCUUGCCCGGCGUUGAAGGUCCGUCGAGCGAGAAGAUCGAAGGGAGUGCACGUCCGUCGAAAAACGACGCGACGAGAGACGAUCUGACGAGGAAGGAUGAAACGAGGCAACAGGCGAAACCGAAUCGCGACGACGCUUCAGAUCUGGACAGCGACGACGACCUGGUGCCUUACGAUAUGAACGACGACAAGCCGGCCAGCAAGGCGCGCCCGACGUACCUGCGGGAUCUGCGCGAUAAUUUAACGGACGAACGUACGUACUCCGACCCCAACGUCUUCUCCGAAUCCCUGCUGGCCUGCGAGGAACUGAUAUUGGCGCAGUUGCCCCACGACGACGCGUCCUUCGCGAUAGAGCUCCUGCAGCUUCUCGUCACGCUGAAGCAACAAUCCUACAUGGAGAACUUCGAGCUCGUGGUCUUCAAGUGCUGCGUAGCGAUUGUAACUGUGCGGCCGAAGGAGUGCGCCGAGUUUCUCUGCGGGGAGUUUUACGAGGACGUCGGCAAGUACUCGCUGAGCCAUCGCUUGCUGUUCCUGGAUAUAUUAGCCGAGUCUGCCCGGCAGUUGUCAAAAAUCGACGUCGGGGACGCGGACGGCGCCGACGUAGAGGCGGCGAUUAAAAAGAAACGCAUUCCGAGCCGCGUAUCACUUUUUAUCGAUACGCGGGAAAAUAGAAGACAGCAGGUGUGGUACGACGAGGACUUCGACGUCGACCUGAAAGCGUCCGGGGAUCAGUCCGUGGACUGGCAGGAAGUUAUCGAUAAAAGAAUCGCGUCGCGUACGAGACGGUUCGCGCACAACUCCAAGUCCCCCAGGUUGCGCGUCAAUCACUUCGGAAAUGUAGCAUCUUCAUUUUUCUAUCCACUCUUGCACGGCUUCGGCCGUCGAGACGUCCUCAGGCUGAACGGCCUGAAAAUUUACUCGGAUCAGGAAAAUAUUCUAUUGCUACGCUACCUGAAAACGUUGUCCGCCAUAAUGUUGGCGGCGCAAAACUGUCCGCUGGCGCCGAAGAUGGGCAAAGAGAUACUGGAGCUUCUGUGGACGGUGAGGAAUCACGAUGAGGCGACGGUGAGAUUAGCAGUUACGGAAAACAUCGGAUCUGUGCUUGUCGCGGUGCCGAAGGACGCCGUCGUCGACGAAUUGUCCGAGCCACUGAUGGAAAUAAGAGAGUGGCUCCUAUUGUCGCAGAAUAUCGUCAAUGGCGAGCACGAUGCAAAUUGCAGGGCCUUAAACGCGAAAGUGCUGUCCUUCAUCGACUUGACUAUAAGCUCCACUUUUAAUUCCGCGUAGAUGAAUCGAGAGACAAUCGACAUUACUGAAAAGAACUCUUCAUCCUCUUACAGUAUCACAAUCAUUUAUACGAAUAUUAUGUAUGUACACUUUCACGUGGAAUACAUUUGUUUUCAGAAAUCUAAUUUUUCUAUUUGCGAGCAUUACAAAGUACGAAAUGCAUUAUGUUAGUUUAUUCGCAAAAGAUUUUGUUGUCGGUGUAAUUGAUACCCAAAUCAGACAACGUACGUAUAUUAGCGUUACCAACAUAUUAACGAUUGUAACAACGCUGAGAACAUUUGAUUUUCCGUAGGGUAAAAUGUUUAACAUAUGUAACAUAAGUUGUAUGAUUUUAUACAAUUUAACAGAUCUCUUUGUAAUAGAAUGUUUUUAUUUGUAGCACUUUGUAGAGUAUGAAUUAAACAAUACGUAGGAUUGUAACAGGAAAUAAAAAUAAAUUGAUUUUCUAUUGUA